AUGGGCCCCUGUACCGCCUCCUCAUGCUGCUGCCAGGCCCGUAAUCUGUCAUGGGCCCCUGUACCGCCUCCUCAUGCUGCUGCCAGGUCCAGAGUGUGUCAUGGGUCCCUGUACGGCCUCCCAUUGCUGCUGUCUCCAUCGCCACACUCUGCCAUGUGCCACUUUCAGGUCUCCUCACACUGCUGGUGGGUUCCAUUUUGUCAUAGGGUGCUGGCAGAUUACGGGCCUCCCAUUGCUGCUGCCAGGCCCGUAAUCUGCCAUGGGCCCCCGUACCGCCUCCUCAUGCUGCUGCCAGGCCCUGUAAUCUGUCAUGGGCCCCUGUACCGCCUCCUCAUGCUGCUGCCAGGUCCAGAAGUGUGUCAUGGGUCCCUGUACGGCCUCCCAUUGCUGCUGUCUCCAUCGCCACACUCUGCCAUGUGCCACUUUCAGGUCUCCUCACACUGCUGGUGGGUUCAUUUUGUCAUAGGGUGCUGC